AUGGUCUACACACUUUCAGUCCACCUCUAUGCCAACGACAAGCCGGACUCCAUCGUUCGACUCAAGGCAAAGCUUGUCGAAGCUGCACGAGUCUAUCGAAAUGAUAAAGAGACCAUCGAUUGGUUGGUCAUGCAAGAUGUCCACGAUCCCAGAGCCUUCACAAUCGUAGAGCGGUUUGAAAAUGAGAGUAGUCAGAAAUACCACCUUGAAAACCCAUACUGGAAGACUUUUGAUCCUUAUGUCAUACCUCUUCUCGAUCGCCCUAUGGAUUUACGCAGACACGAAGAAUUAGACACCAGCAAGGAUGUUGAAGUGCCAGUUUAG